AUGGACGAAAUCAUUCAACUCAUAUUGUGUGUGAUCGUGGUGCACUACUUGUCGUGUUUAUAUAAACAGUACACCCUUGCGUCGUUAUUUUCUUCAGUGAAAGAAGCUUCAAUGACGUGGAAACACAUCAUUAUAAUACCCGUAGUCAGUUCUCUUGUCUUAGUUCUGAUCUUCUUCUUCCCGAAGAUUGGAAAGUACUUUUUAUACUUCUCCGUCUUUUUUACGGGGUUCACAUGCUUCUACCUCAUCUUCACUCCACUCACGGAGAAACUGAACUCCCUUCCUGAUAACUUGAAAUACUUUAUUACUUGCGUGUUGGCUGUAUUUGUGAUAGUGAUGUAUAUAAUGGUGCACACGACCUUCACGACGAAUUUGGUGGGGAUUGGUGUGGCCAUAGCGAUUCAAUCACUGCUGUAUGUCAGUAAGGUUUAUAUCCCAGUCGUGCUCUUGACAGUCAUGUUCUUUUAUGACAUCUUCUGGGUGUUUGGCUCUGUCUUGGUCCCAGUGUUCGAUGGGAAGUCCGUGAUGGUCGAGACGGCCAAAACAGCGACAUCACUCAAACUGCCACUGUUGUUGGAGUUUCAUUCUAUAUUUGGCGAUGGACACUUCAUGAUAGGAUUGGGAGAUAUAGUGCUACCAGGCAUACUAAUUAACUUCACAUAUUGCCUCGAUAGAUUCUACAAAACAAAGUACUUCUUUUGUACACUCGGCGGGUACAUCUUCGGACUUCUUCUAACGAUUUUAAUGUUGUGGAAAUUCAGAGUCGGUCAACCCGCACUCCUCUAUUUGGUCCCUUCAAUGUUUGUGGGGUUCUUCGGUCAUGGAUUCUACACGAAAACACUUAAAACGGCGUUUUCAAUGAAUCUGAGUGACAAUUACACACAACUUUUCCAAGACAGUCUAAGUGGUAAUGAUCCACAAAGUGACCAAAUGCAUCAAGAAAUUGUUCUUCAUGACCCCGAGGAAAUGGUCGAGCAACUAGACAAAAGAGAAGAUGAGAAGAAAAGGGCGGAGGAUACAAAGGACAAUAUAUACUCCAUCGAACUCGAUUGA